GGGACGAGGAAGAAGAGAACAGGAAAGUUAAAUAAGAACACACAGUGAGAUACCAAAUUUGUAAGAAAGCUUGUAGCUGUGGAGAAGAAGAUGAACGUGAUGUCCCUCUCGCCAGCGAGUUACAGAUACCCAAAUUAUGAGAUUCGAUUGCGAGGGAAGCCUGAAGGCAAUUGCAGCUUCAUGGUUCCUAUCAAGAAGAGGAGAGAUUGGUUCAGAAUCAGCUGUCAGGUAGCAAGGAACGAGAGCAGCAGAAAUAAUAAUGAUACUAAUGUAUCGUUGAGCUCGAGGAACCGGAUGGAAGAAUACAACACUGCCAUGAAAAGGAUGAUGCGGAAUCCAUAUGAGUAUCACCAUGAUCUGGGUAUGAACUACACGCUGAUCACCGAUGAUGUUAUCGUGGGCUCCCAGCCUCAGAAGCCUGAAGACAUUGAUCAUUUGAAAGGUGAGGAGAAUGUUGCCUACAUUCUGAAUUUGCAGCAGGACAAGGAUGUGGAGUUUUGGGGUAUUGACCUGCAGUCCAUCGUAAAAAGGUGUCGAGAGCUUGGAGUCCGUCACAUGAGAAGGCCUGCUGUAGACUUCAACCCUGAUUCAUUGCGGAGCAUACUUCCCAAGGCUGUUUCGUCUUUGGAAUGGGCCGUCUCUGAGGGCAAAGGGAGAGUUUAUGUUCAUUGCACUGCUGGACUCGGCAGAGCCCCUGCUGUCACAGUUGCUUACAUGUUCUGGUUCUGUGACAUGAAUCUGAACGCAGCAUACGAUGCAUUAACAUCAAAGAGGCCAUGCGGACCUAAUAAGAGAUCCAUAAGAGGAGCCACGUAUGAUUUGGCAAAGAAUGAUUCCUGGAAGGAACCAUUUGAUAAUCUUCCAGAAGAUGCUUUUGAAGAUGUAUCUGACUGGGAAAGGAAGUUGAUUAAGGACAAGGUCCGUUCUCUCCGUGGAACUUGACUCCCUCAACACUCAAUACCUUAGGACGCAGGUGAGUAUAUCCCGAAGUUACUAAAGAGAGAACAAAGCAGUAGUCAAAGCCUUUCGGCGCAAGAGAGCUUGCAAUGUCUUUACUGUAUGUACCCUUGAGAAUAGAGAAGCAUAUUCAUAUAAGCAAGUAUGCUGCAGUCGGAAAGUCGGCUUGAAUAAUAAAGGAAGGCAGGCAUAACAAGAGGGCAAAUGGCCUUGUGGGUUCCUACCAUUAAAAGAGCCCGAGGUACUAUAUCAACUAUGAGCGAAAAGGAGUGAUGAAAUCAGAGAACCCUUUUGGCAUUGCUGCCUUGUAUACUCCAAUUC